AGAAGGCUCUCCUUGGCACCAGUAGUAGUAUAUAACGACCCGCAACCCUAGCCACAUUUCUCUCGUCCUCAACACAUACUUCUUUCACUCUGUUAUCAUCGUCCUCCUCAAUCCCUCAUUUCACAGCUCUCUUAUUUCGCAAAUCAUGGCCAAGAUCAAGAUCGGAAUCAACGGCUUUGGAAGGAUUGGCCGAUUGGUGGCCAGGGUUGCGCUCCAGAGCGACGACGUGGAGCUCGUAGCCGUCAAUGAUCCCUUCAUCACCACCGAGUACAUGACCUAUAUGUUCAAGUAUGAUUCUGUUCAUGGCCAAUGGAAAAAGCAUGAACUCCAAGUCAAGGACUCUAAAACUCUCCUAUUUGGUGACCGUCCUGUUGCUGUUUUCGGCAUGAGGAACCCAGAGGAGAUUCCAUGGGGUGAGGUUGGAGCAGAUUUUGUUGUUGAAUCUACUGGAGUGUUUACUGAUAAGGAUAAAGCUGCUGCCCACUUGAAGGGAGGUGCAAAGAAGGUUGUCAUUUCUGCCCCGAGCAAAGAUGCUCCCAUGUUUGUGAUGGGUGUCAACCAUACUGAGUAUAAGAAAGACAUUGAUAUUGUUUCUAAUGCUAGUUGUACCACCAACUGUCUUGCUCCAUUGGCAAAGGUUAUUAAUAACAGGUUUGGUAUCGUUGAGGGUCUUAUGACCACUGUCCAUGCUAUUACAGCGACCCAAAAGACUGUUGAUGGUCCAUCAAUGAAGGACUGGAGAGGUGGAAGGGCUGCUUCUUUUAACAUCAUUCCCAGCAGCACUGGUGCUGCUAAGGCGGUUGGCAAAGUUUUGCCCGCACUAAAUGGGAAGCUGACUGGCAUGGCUUUCCGUGUCCCAACUGCUGAUGUGUCUGUCAUUGACCUUACUGCAAGGCUUGAGAAAGGUGCCUCCUAUGAUGAAAUCAAGAAGGCUAUCAAGGAGGAAUCAGAGGGUAGUUUGAAGGGUAUUCUUGGCUACACUGAGGAUGAUGUGGUGUCUUCUGACUUCAUUGGUGAUAGCAGGUCAAGCAUAUUUGAUGCCAAGGCGGGCAUUGCUUUGAAUGACAACUAUGUGAAGUUUGUCUCUUGGUAUGACAAUGAAUGGGGUUACAGUAACCGUGUUGUUGAUUUGAUUCGCCACAUGGCCUCUGCCUGAGCUUUGGCUUGAAAAGCAGGAAGAGCGUCGAGCAUUGUUUUUUUUAAAAAAAAAAAAAUAAGAAUUUGCUCUUUUUGAUACUGUUUUGGUUCUGAUGUUUUCUGGGCUUUGUCUCUCUACUUAGCGUCCUGCUGUUGUGGUCUUGAAAUUUUGUAGCUUUGGAUUUUAUGUUUGUCUCCUUCAAUCUAAUGCAUUUGGGGUCAUGGAUCUUGUGUCUUUUCUCCCCAUCAUGUGUGUUUUUCUCUUUUCUCGUGUUUUUAUCCCGUUCUAAAUGGCUAUGUUAGUUUCACUUUUAAAGCCACACUCGCAAUAAAAACUUGAAUUACCAAUUUUGUGACCUCAACAAUGUCUCGUGUCACUCUCUUAAACAAUGAAGCUAGUUGGUUUUG